AGACUGAUAUGUGUGAAAUCAAAUACAAAAAGUGAGUAUCUGUGUAUAUCUAUCAACUUUUCUUCCUCUUCUUACCAACUUUCUUUCUCUCACAACAUCAUCGAUCUAACACCAAUGCAAAAAUCUUGUUAUUCACACGUUUUAACUUUAUUUUGAUGUCUCUAAAAUCAAAACACACACACCAGAAAAACAGAACUACUUAGGAGUGUCUGAAUUCUCAAACCAAAAGCACACAUAACAACAAUGCAACAUUCUCACAAACUCUUUCCCACCAUUCUCUUUCUCUUUUCCUUCUUUUCUUCAACACUCUCCGACCUCUCGUCGGAGCGCGCGGCGCUCCUCGCCCUGCGCUCCGCCGUGCGCGGCCGUACGCUCCUCUGGAACACCACCUUCCGCUCGCCUUGCGUCUGGCCCGGCGUCCAAUGCGAUGCCGCCAAUGCCACCGUGGUGGAGCUUCACCUCCCUGCCGUCGCUCUCUCCGGCGAGCUUCCGGACGGUGUGUUCCCGGAGCUCCCCAACCUCCACACCCUCAGCCUCCGCGUCAACUCCCUCUCUGGCGCCCUCCCGGCCGACCUUGCUGCCUGCACCGCCCUCCGCAACCUAUUCCUCCAACAGAACCACUUCGCCGGCGAGGUGCCGGCGUUUCUCUCCGGCAUGACUGGCCUCGUCCGGCUCAAUUUGGCCUCCAACAACUUUUCCGGCCCAUUUCCGGCCCGGUUCGGGAACCUCACCCGGUUGAGGACCCUUUUCCUUGAGAAUAAUCGGCUCACUGGUUCCAUACCCGGUUUGGAGGAACUCGGUGAAUUGGCUCAGUUUAAUGUCUCUUACAACAUGUUAAACGGUUCUGUUCCUAAAAAGUUGCAGACUUUUGAUAAAGAUUCGUUUUUGGGCAAUACCCUUUGUGGGAAGCCACUUGGGAUUUGUCCCUGGGAUGAUGGAGGUGGCGAGAGUGGUGUAAAUGGGAGUUCAAAUUCAAGUGGGGUUGGAGGAGGUGGAGGGAGUGUGAUUGGAGGGGGAAAGAAGAAGGGGAAGCUUUCUGGGGGUGCAAUUGCAGGGAUUGUUGUUGGGUGCGUGGUGGCACUUUUGUUGGUUCUCUUUGCUUUGAUUAUUUUGUGUAGAAGCGGGAACAAGACUAGGAGUGUUGAUAAUGUUAGCAACGUGGUGGGCUUGAAGGAGGAACCUCAACAGCAUGGGGAGGUGGGAAUUGAGGGUGGUAAUGUGGAGAGUGGUGGUGGUGCUGGUGGUGGUGGGGAUUCGGUGGCCGCAGCGGCGGCGGCGGCGGCAGUGGCGGCAGUGGGUGGGAAUGGAGUUGGCGGUGGAAGUGGUGGAGAUAAGAAGUUGGUGUUUUAUGGGAAUAAAGUGAAGGUGUUUGAUUUGGAGGAUUUGCUAAGGGCUUCUGCAGAGGUGUUGGGAAAAGGAACUUUUGGGACCACCUAUAAGGCUGUUUUAGAGGAAGGGCCUGUGGUGGCUGUGAAGAGGCUGAGGGAUGUGACGGUUUCGGAGAAGGAGUUUAAGGAGAAGAUUGAUGGGGUGGGAGUGAUGGAUCAUGAGAAUUUGGUGCCUCUCAGGGCUUACUAUUAUAGCAGGGACGAGAAGCUUCUUGUUCAUGAUUACAUGCCAAUGGGAAGCCUAUCUGCAAUUUUGCAUGGUGAGUUCAGCCUCACUUUAAUUCUCAAACCAAAAGCACACAUAACAACAAUGCAACAUUCUCACAAACUCUUUCCCACCAUUCUCUUUCUCUUUUCCUUCUUUUCUUCAACACUCUCCGACCUCUCGUCGGAGCGCGCGGCGCUCCUCGCCCUGCGCUCCGCCGUGCGCGGCCGUACGCUCCUCUGGAACACCACCUUCCGCUCGCCUUGCGUCUGGCCCGGCGUCCAAUGCGAUGCCGCCAAUGCCACCGUGGUGGAGCUUCACCUCCCUGCCGUCGCUCUCUCCGGCGAGCUUCCGGACGGUGUGUUCCCGGAGCUCCCCAACCUCCACACCCUCAGCCUCCGCGUCAACUCCCUCUCUGGCGCCCUCCCGGCCGACCUUGCUGCCUGCACCGCCCUCCGCAACCUAUUCCUCCAACAGAACCACUUCGCCGGCGAGGUGCCGGCGUUUCUCUCCGGCAUGACUGGCCUCGUCCGGCUCAAUUUGGCCUCCAACAACUUUUCCGGCCCAUUUCCGGCCCGGUUCGGGAACCUCACCCGGUUGAGGACCCUUUUCCUUGAGAAUAAUCGGCUCACUGGUUCCAUACCCGGUUUGGAGGAACUCGGUGAAUUGGCUCAGUUUAAUGUCUCUUACAACAUGUUAAACGGUUCUGUUCCUAAAAAGUUGCAGACUUUUGAUAAAGAUUCGUUUUUGGGCAAUACCCUUUGUGGGAAGCCACUUGGGAUUUGUCCCUGGGAUGAUGGAGGUGGCGAGAGUGGUGUAAAUGGGAGUUCAAAUUCAAGUGGGGUUGGAGGAGGUGGAGGGAGUGUGAUUGGAGGGGGAAAGAAGAAGGGGAAGCUUUCUGGGGGUGCAAUUGCAGGGAUUGUUGUUGGGUGCGUGGUGGCACUUUUGUUGGUUCUCUUUGCUUUGAUUAUUUUGUGUAGAAGCGGGAACAAGACUAGGAGUGUUGAUAAUGUUAGCAACGUGGUGGGCUUGAAGGAGGAACCUCAACAGCAUGGGGAGGUGGGAAUUGAGGGUGGUAAUGUGGAGAGUGGUGGUGGUGCUGGUGGUGGUGGGGAUUCGGUGGCCGCAGCGGCGGCGGCGGCGGCAGUGGCGGCAGUGGGUGGGAAUGGAGUUGGCGGUGGAAGUGGUGGAGAUAAGAAGUUGGUGUUUUAUGGGAAUAAAGUGAAGGUGUUUGAUUUGGAGGAUUUGCUAAGGGCUUCUGCAGAGGUGUUGGGAAAAGGAACUUUUGGGACCACCUAUAAGGCUGUUUUAGAGGAAGGGCCUGUGGUGGCUGUGAAGAGGCUGAGGGAUGUGACGGUUUCGGAGAAGGAGUUUAAGGAGAAGAUUGAUGGGGUGGGAGUGAUGGAUCAUGAGAAUUUGGUGCCUCUCAGGGCUUACUAUUAUAGCAGGGACGAGAAGCUUCUUGUUCAUGAUUACAUGCCAAUGGGAAGCCUAUCUGCAAUUUUGCAUGGAAACAAAGGAGCCGGUAGGACACCGUUGAAUUGGGAAAUGAGAUCAGACAUUGCAUUAGGAGCUGCUCGUGGCAUCGAGUACCUACAUUCACAGGGGCCUAGUGUUUCUCAUGGAAACAUAAAGUCCUCCAACAUCCUCCUAAGCAAAUCCUAUGAUGCCAAGGUGUCUGAUUUUGGGCUUGCACACCUUGUUGGCCCCUCAUCCACACCCAACAGGGUGGCCGGCUACCGUGCCCCCGAAGUAACCGAUCCACGGCGAGUUUCUCAGAAGGCUGAUGUAUACAGCUUUGGAGUGUUGCUCUUGGAACUUCUGACUGGAAAGGCUCCUACACAUACCCUCUUGAAUGAGGAAGGAGUGGACCUUCCGAGAUGGGUCCAAUCAGUGGUUAGAGAGGAAUGGAGUUCAGAGGUGUUUGAUAUUGAACUCCUUAGGUAUCAGAAUUCUGAAGAGGAAAUGGUUCAGUUGUUGCAACUUGCAGUGGAUUGUGUAGUUCCAUACCCUGGAAACCGCCCUUCAAUGUCUCAAGUGAGACAACGCAUGGAAGAGUUUCGUAGGUCUAGUAGUACCAUGAAAGAGGGUACUCAAGACCAAAUCCAUCAACCUGAUUUGAUCGAUGAUCUAGAAGAUGUGUCAUCUAGAUGAGUUUGUGUAAAGGAUCUUCUUGGCUUUGUCAAAACCCCCCUUCCACAUAUGAGUCAUGUGCUUAUGUUGUAUUUUCUUAAGACAAAACUUGAUGAGUUUUUUUGGCCACUUUUGGUGUUAUUUUCCUAUCAGAAUUGGAGUUUUAUAUUAGUAAUUGACAUAAUAAAGGUUUGCAAUAAACAUGGACAUUGAUCACUGAAAUGAAACUUCAAUUCUGACAGAAGAAGAAUAUCAUCAAAAGUAUCAAAGGAAGUUCAUCUAAUUUUCUUCCAAUCUCAAUUGUACUAUCCCCUGUUUUUCUUUCCUAUCUAUCUACUCUACCAUGAGGGAGUGAGAUAUCUAUUCCAUUAGUUAUUGCCGGUGGAUUCUGGUUGAUGUAAUUAUUCACUUUGCUUUUAACAUUGGCCUUUUCUUUUUGUGACA